AUGAUAGCAGUGGGGCCUCAUGUAAAUAACAAUAGCCACCAUAGUCAGUCAGAUCAUAAGGCCUAUGGAUUAUCUGCCCAAAAAGGCCAACAAGUCGUCACAGCGAUAGAGUACCAAGAGGUUAUUUUAGCCUGUAAAAAUCCAAAGAGGACCAUUUCCUCCAGACUGGAGUGGAAGAAACUGGGGCGGAGUGUCUCCUUUGUCUACUAUCAACAGGCUCUUCAAGGUGAUUUUAAAGAUCGAGCUGAGAUGAUAGAUUUCAGUAUCCGGAUCAAAAAUGUUACAAGAAGUGAUGCUGGGAAAUACCGUUGUGAAGUUAGUGCCCCAUCUGAGAAAGGCCAGAACCUGGAAGAGGACACAAUCACUCUGGAAGUAUUAGUGGCUCCAGCAGUUCCAUCAUGUGAAGUGCCCACUUCUGCUCUGAGUGGAACUGUGGUUGAGCUACGGUGUCAAGACAAAGAAGGGAAUCCAGCUCCCGAGUACACAUGGUUUAAGGAUGGCAUCCGUUUGCUAGAAAGUCCGAAACUUGGCUCCCAAAGCACCAAUAGCUCAUACACCAUAAAUACAAAAUCUGGAACUUUGCAAUUUAAUACUGUUUCCAAAUUGGACACUGGAGAAUAUUCCUGUGAAGCCCGUAACUCGAUUGGAUAUCGUAGGUGUCCUGGGAAACGAAUGCAAGUAGAUGACCUCAAUAUAAGUGGCAUCAUAGCAGCUGUAGUAGUUGUGGCCUUAGUGAUUUCCAUUUGUGGCCUUGGUGUGUGCUAUGCUCAGAGGAGAGGCUACUUUUCAAAAGAAAUCUUCUUCCAGAAGAGUAGUUCUUCAUCUAAAGCUACUACAAUGAGUGAAAAUGAUUUCAAGCACACAAAAUCCUUUAUAAUUUAAGAUUCCACUUUUGAGAUACAUCAAAACUGCAGUUGUUACACAAGUUAUUAAACUAUUAUAAAACUCUGCUUUGUCUUACAUUUGCAAAGAAGUAUAUGAGGAAAUGAAAUUGGUAUUUCAUUAUCACUUUUAUGACCACAAACUCACCUGAAUUUGCUAAACAAAUAGUUCUGUCGACACCUAAAAUACAGUCUGGCUUCUUGUGUCUGGACUAUGUUAAAAGGAUCAAAAUACUUUGUAGUAUUCUAGACUUGGUGAAAUGUUAACAAUGUUCUAACUUCUAGAGAAAGUUACUAAAAUAUAACAUACUGAUUGUGAAGUUAAUCCACAGAGCAUGAAAAUAUAAACUGCACACACCCUCUAUGCAAGAGUCUGAUUUAGGACGUUCUGAAAAUAUUCUGGCAGAUGCAGAAGGACCCUCUGGUCUCAUUUCUGCCAGAAUCCUCUUUUCUCCCCUAAUAUAAUCCUUACUCCACUCCACUGCUCAUUUAUCAUUAAUAUAUCCACAGAAGGAAGUGGGGGUGGGUCGUACACCCAAGGAUUUGUACUUUGUGUUUACUUUCAUUCCCAAGAACCAACAACAUAAGAGAAAUACCUAAUGGCUGAAGCUCACAGGUGUGUACCAUAGAACUCACCUGGUGUGUCACUAAAUUCUUCAUUAAACAUAGUUGUGAGGGUCAAACACAAACCCAAGUAGCUUAUUUCAUCCCCUACAGCUACUUACUGCUGUUUCCUUCUCCUAAGAUUUCUUUGAAGAGGAUCAAUGACCUUGGCAUCAGAGCUCACCACUGGAAUCUCCACAAUUUUACAGAUACCUUUCCCUGCAUGAGUGGUGACUUCACAUCUUUCUGUCUCUCAAAAUUGUGUGGUGAAGCUCUUGCUGUUACAGCCAGGGGUCUGCCAAUCCUGCUCUGGGGAAAGCAGGGAUAUGGCGGGAGAAGUAGUUGUCUACAAAAAUGAGAUGAAAAAGCUUCCUGUGACUCCCUGCAUCUGGCAUCCCUCUUGAUAUACAGAGGGCACAUGAUAAAUGGCUGAAAUGAAAAAUGGGUCUAAUGUGGUUUUCAAUGAUUAAACACAAAAGCCUCCAGCUAGUGUUACAAUGUGAAAAUUCCAAUGAUCCAUUUAAUAGUAAGCAAUUAGGCUAUUUUUUUUUUUAAAGAAAAUGCAUUAUCACUUAUAACUAUUUUGAUUAUUCAAUUCAUAUUAAAAACAAAGUAUGGGUAAGGUAUGUCCUGUUCCUCUGGGCAAAUCUGAAUGAAAAUGUCCCUUACUGCCUUUGAGAACUUUGAACACAGUAAAGCUGCUUUCAAAGGAGUCUGCUCUUUCUACCCAAUAGGCAAAGCAAACCCCAGGAUGCACUGGACAGAUGGAUGAAGCACUCACUGAGUGUGCCUGGACACCAGGCACCAGGACAAUACCUGUUGUCAGCCUUUCCCCCUUUGACUUGCCUGUAGUAUUCAGUGAGUCUCACCAGAUCCUUUCCUGGAGGUCACGCUUCUGUAACAUGGCUGUGCCCCAAAGGACAAAUUGUCAUCUAAUUAGUCAGGGGUCAGUAAACAUUUUCUGUGAAGGAUCAGAUAGAUAAUAGACAUUUUAAGCCAUAUAAUCCCUGUUGCAACUACUCAACUCUGUCACUGUAGUAAAAAAGCAGCCAUGGAUACCAAGUAAGCAAAUAGGCAUGUCUGUGUUCCGGUACAACUUUAUUUUUAAAAAAUAGCAGGCACAGAUAGGAUUUAACCCACUGGUAUAGUUCCUCAACUUGUGGUGGGAAAGAAUGCAAAAAAACCCCCAAAACAAAACAAAAAACCCCACAAGCUUUUGUAAGAAAUCACGUUAAACAUUGCUUAUGCUUUAUUUGGAAGAUGUGCUUUGGUUUGAAGAAUGCUUUCCUUUUGCAAGUGCCAAGUUGGAUACCACUCAAAGAUGCCUUUUCAGACAUACCUACCAUCACACAAAAUCAACUUCUUCAGUUUAAAUGACACAAAUCCAUAUCGUCGGUGGGGAGGGAUAUGUAGUGCCUUAGCUUCACUAACAGCUGAAAACCUCUUAAAGAUCUCAAAGGCUACAAAAUUCAUUUUAUGAUUGUGAACAUCUAACACUUAAUUUGUGUCAAAUAUAUCUUGUACAUUAUCUUAAACUAUUGUAUACAGUUAAGUGAAAAUCAUUGUAUAAAGAAUGCUUUCUCUCACACAAAGGGCAUAGUAAUGCGCUAACUAAUUUUCUAAUUAUUAAAAGUACAUCUAUCUGUGGGUCA